UUUUGUUUUCUUUAGCAGAGCAACAUCCCAAAACGCCAUUGUUUAGUGAUAAUUACGAUACCCCAAUAAAACUUUGCCAAUUAGAGGUCUGCAGCUUUGGUAUCUCUGAUUUAGUGAGGCAGCCGGAGCUGACCCUUGUCUUGACAUUAGUUGUCAUUUUUCGAACAGAAUACAGUCUAGUAUUUAUCACUUUUAUGUUGGUUUCGUAAGCAAUCUAGCCCUCUCAAACCAGAAAAGAAAAAAAAGCAAUCUAGCUCUCUGUGUUCCAAUCUCAUUAGUAUCAUUAGUAAAAUUAUGGGGUUACUUAGCAGGAAAGGGCCAUCUGGGUUCUCAGCCUCUUCCACAGCAGAGGAAGUUACUCGAGGGAUUGAUGGAACUGGUCUCACAGCCAUUGUUACAGGAGCCACAAGUGGUCUUGGUUUAGAGACAUCGCGCGUUCUUGCAUUGCGUGGUGUCCAUGUAGUUAUGGCAGUAAGGAACACAAAUGCAGGGGAAAAUGUCAAAGAAGCAAUCCUUAAAGAAAUCCCCAAUGCUAGAGUAGAUGUUAUGGAGUUGGAUCUCAGCUCAUUGGCAUCUGUAAGAAAGUUUGGAGAAGAGUAUAAUUCCUUGGGCCUUCCACUGAACAUCCUUAUGGAAUUAAAUCUCUUCUUUGUUGGAAGUAACAAUGCAGGGGUUAUAACACCAUUCAAGCUUUCUCAAGACAACAUAGAGCUGCAUUUUGCAACUAAUCACUUAGGGCACUUUCUUCUCACAAAUCUUUUGUUGGAGACCAUGAAACGCACAUUGCGAGAAAGCAAGAGAGAGGGAAGAAUUGUAAAUUUAUCGUCAAUGUGCCAUCAAUAUGUGUACCGUGAAGGAAUUCGUUUUGAUAAAAUUAAUGAUGAAUCAAGCUACUACAAAUAUUUGGCUUAUGGACAAUCCAAGCUUGCUAAUGUAUUACAUGCUAAUGAGCUUACAAGGCGUCUGAAGGCAGAAGGAGUGGAGAUCAUUGCUAAUUCUCUUCAUCCGGGAUCAAUCCAGACCAAUAUCGUGCACUUUGAUAAUGGCAUUUUGCAUUAUAUUGUGAAGGUGCUGGGUGUAUUUAUCAUUCCGUUCAUAAAAACUGUUCAACAGGGUGCAGCAACCACAUGCUUUGUGGCACUCCAUCCACAAGUUAAGGGAGUAAGCGGCGAAUAUUUUGCAGACUGUAACAUUGCCAAACCGAGCAAUCAGGCCAAAGAUGCAGAUUUGGCUUCCAAACUUUGGGAUUUUAGCUUGAGCAUGACUAAUCUCAAGUAGUGUAUAUAUAUAUAUAUAUAUAUAUAUAUAUAUAUAUAUAUAUAAGAUCUUAAUGUUAACUUGCUGCACUGUUUCUCAUUGAAUCAAAUUGUAAAGAAACUAUUGCUUCUCCUCCCAUGUAAUCGUUGUGCACUGAACAUGAAUGAAAAUAGAACAUAUAUAUGUUUUGUUGUUGUA